GGGAGGGGCUGCACGUCAUGAGUCGGGGUGCAGGGAGGGGAGGUGAUGUUGUUUGUGUGUGUACGUGUGCUUGCUUGUUGCUCCUUGACUCGAGGAACAUAAAGGAUGCUGGGCUGCUCUGGAAACAGGGAAAUGGAUGCUUCUGCGGGUCUCGAUGGUCGUGCCGCUGCAGAAUGAAGAGGACUGAUGACGCUCUUUAUCCAUUCAGAUGCACAAUAUGGGACUUGCUGGAAUUUGUUUUGACAGGAGCGUUGCAUCUGUGCAAGCACGGUGGCAAUUUAGACCAUUUGCAAGCCACGAUUCACGGUUCAGUCACAGCAAGUGUGGCUCGAGGACUGUUUGUUUAGAAUUAAAUGCUAAAAGAGAAUAAACAAACGAUGCCAGUUUCUGCCCUUUUCAGUGAAAGAUUUGACCAAUUGUACCUAUAGUUUGCAUAUCAAAAUAAAACAAGCAGCCGAAGAAAUUUGGUUUAGAAAUAAGAAGAUUUUCAGAGAAAUUACAUGCGACAAAAGACCGUAAUUCUUGAAAAAAAAAAAAAACAGAAGAAUUUUCUUAGAUGUAGAGUAACAUUUGUCAUCCUGUGAAAGCCCAUUUGUGGACGCCGUCACUCCUGUGCCGCCACGCUGCUGAUGUCAUUGGUCAAUUGACUUGUUUGAGUGGAGAGAGAGAGAGAGAGAGAGGGAGAGAGCAAAAGACAAGCUGAGGACAUGUCUGUCCAGAUCCUGUCUGUGUCCCCCUGGUUUCAUCGCAAUGAGGAUAUGAAGGCUAUUGAUGUGCUUCCCAUCCUCAAGGAGAAGGUUGCCUUUCUCUCAGGUGGCAGAGACAGACGUGGAGGUCCAAUUCUCACUUUUCCAGCACGAAGCAAUCAUGACAGAAUACGACCCGAUGAUCUGCGCAGACUUGUAGCGUACCUGGCUACUAUUCCAAGUGAGGAGGUGGCCCGGCAUGGCUUCACCGUCAUCGUGGACAUGCGCGGUUCCAAGUGGGACAGCAUCAAACCGCUGCUGAAGAUCCUGCAGGAGUCUUUCCCUUCUUGCAUCCACGUUGCUCUCAUCAUCAAGCCAGACAACUUCUGGCAGAAGCAGAGGACCAACUUUGGCAGCUCCAAGUUUGAAUUUGAGACGGUGAUGGUGUCCUUAGAAGGCUUAACCAAGAUCGUGGACCCUUCCCAGCUAACGGCUGACUUCGAGGGCAGCUUAGAGUACAAUCAUGACGAAUGGAUUGAGGUGCGGCUUUCUUUUGAGACCUUUGCCAGCGACGCGGCUCGGGCUUUGGCACGCCUCGAGGAGCUCCAGGAAACCCUGUCCCAGCGCGACCUCCCGCGGGACUUGGAGGGCGCUCGGCGGCUCAUGGAGGAGCACGCCGCGCUCAAGAAGCGAGCCACCAAGGCCUCCGUGGAGGAGCUCGACGCGCAGGGGCGACGGCUGCUCCAGAGGCUGCAGGCGCAGACCGCGGGGGGUGGGGACGGCGGCUACGGCAACCGCGGCGUCGGAGCCAGCGGGGACUCCAACGACCACCACCAUGGGCUCCACGCUCAGCACGCCGACGCUCACAACUUGGUGGCCAAAGUGACGGCUCUGUUGGACAAGCUCCACGGCACGCGGCAGAAUCUGCAGCAGCUGUGGCACAUGAGGAAGCUGAAGCUGGACCAGUGCUUUCAGCUGCGACUCUUCGAGCAGGAUGCUGAGAAGAUGUUCGACUGGAUCAUGCACAACAAGGGGCUCUUCCUCACUAGCUACACGGAGAUCGGAGGGAAUCACCAGCACGCUGUUGAGUUGCAGACGCAGCACAACCACUUUGCUAUGAACUGCAUGAAUGUUUACGUGAACAUCAACCGUAUCAUGUCGGUGGGAAACCGUCUUCUGGAGUCGGGCCACUACGCCUCGCAGCAGAUCCAGCAGAUCUCAAGUCAGCUGGAGCAGGAAUGGAAAGCGUUCGCUGCGGCGCUGGACGAACGCAGCACUCUGCUGGAGAUGUCUGCCAGCUUCCACCAGAAGGCCGAUCAGUACAUGAGCAAAGUGGAGCCGUGGUGUAAAGCGUGUGGUGAAGGAGAGCUGCCCACUGAACUCCAGGAUCUAGAGGACACGAUCCACCAUCACCAGGGACUAUACGAGCACAUCACCACUGCAUACUCAGAAGUGAGUCAGGACGGCAAGUCCUUGCUGGACAAGCUGCAGCGACCUUUGACUCCAGGAAGUGCCGACUCGCUCAUGGCGUCGGCCAACUACUCCAAGGCCGUGCACCACGUCCUGGACAUCAUCCAUGAGGUGCUGCACCACCAGAGGCAGCUGGAAAACAUCUGGCAGCACCGCAAAGUGCGCCUGCACCAGCGCCUGCAGCUGUGCGUCUUUCAGCAGGACGUGCAGCAAGUGUUAGACUGGAUAGAAAACCACGGAGAGGCCUUUCUCAGCAAACACACUGGCGUUGGAAAGUCUCUGCACAGAGCUAGGGCUCUACAGAAGAGACAUGAAGACUUCGAAGAGGUUGCACAGAACACCUACACCAAUGCUGACAAGCUGUUAGAGGCAGCAGAGCAGCUGGCCCAAACCGGAGAGUGUGACCCAGAGGAGAUUUACCAGGCUGCCCACCAGCUAGAAGACCGCAUCCAGGACUUCGUGCGACGCGUCGAGCAGCGGAAAGUCCUGCUGGACAUGUCUGUUGCCUUUCACACACAUGUCAAAGAGCUGUGGACGUGGUUGGAGGAGCUUCAGAAGGAACUGCUGGACGACGUGUACGCUGAGUCUGUGGAAGCCGUGCAGGACCUGAUCAAGCGUUUCGGCCAGCAGCAGCAGACCACCCUGCAGGCAACGGUCAACGUUAUCAAGGAGGGAGAGGACCUCAUACAGCAGCUCAGAGACUCAGCUAUCUCAAGCAACAAGACCCCUCACAACAGCUCCAUGGCCCACAUUGAGAGCGUGCUGCAGCAGCUGGACGAGGCCCAGGGUCAGAUGGAGGAGCUGUUCCAGGAAAGGAAGAUCAAACUGGAGCUCUUCCUCCAGCUCCGUAUCUUUGAGAGGGAUGCAAUAGAUAUUAUCUCAGACCUGGAGUCAUGGAACGAGGAGCUGACCAAACAGAUGAAUGACUUUGACACGGAGGAUCUGACUCUGGCUGAGCAGAGGCUCCAGCAUCAUGCGGACAAAGCACUCACCAUGAACAACCUCACCUUUGACGUCAUCCACCAGGGACAGGAGCUGCUGCAGUAUGUCACAGAGGUCCAAGCCUCAGGUGUGGAGCUGCUGUGUGACAGAGACGUGGACAUGGCGACCCGGGUUCAGGACCUGCUGGAGUUUCUUCACGAGAAGCAGCAGGAGUUGGACCUCGCCGCCGAGCAGCACAGGAGACAUUUGGAGCAAUGCGUCCAGUUAAGGCACCUACAAGCUGAGGUCAAGCAGGUGCUCGGCUGGAUCCGUAACGGCGAGUCGAUGCUGAACGCUGGUCUCAUCACAGCCAGCUCGUUACAGGAAGCUGAACAGCUGCAGAAGGAACAUGAACAAUUUCAACAUGCAAUAGAGAAAACCCAUCAGAGUGCGCUGCAGGUUCAGCAGAAGGCUGAAGCCCUUCUCCAGGCCAACCACUACGACAUGGAUAUGAUCAGAGACUGUGCAGAAAAGGUGGCGGACCACUGGCAGCAGCUGAUGCUGAAGAUGGAGGACAGGCUUAAACUGGUUAAUGCUUCUGUGGCCUUCUACAAAACCUCUGAGCAGGUGUGCAGUGUGUUAGAGAGCCUGGAGCAGGAGUACAAGAGAGAAGAAGACUGGUGUGGCGGUGCCGAUAAGCUGGGCCCCAACAGCGAGACGGACCACGUCACGCCUAUGAUCAGCAAACAUCUGGAGCAGAAAGAGGCUUUCCUCAAAGCCUGCACAUUAGCCAGGCGCAAUGCCGAUGUGUUCCUGAAGUACCUGCACAGGAACAGCGUCAACAUGCCCGGCAUGUUGUCCCACGUCAAAGCUCCCGAGACUCAGGUCAAGAACAUCUUAAAUGAGCUGCUGCAGCGAGAGAACAGAGUCCUCCACUUCUGGACCAUGAGGAAGAGGAGGCUGGACCAGUGCCAGCAAUAUGUGGUGUUUGAGAGAAGUGCCAAACAGGCUCUGGAAUGGAUCCACGACACCGGAGAGUUUUACCUGUCCACACACACAUCCACUGGGUCCAGCAUUCACCACACACAGGAGCUGCUGAAGGAACAUGAAGACUUCCAGAUCACAGCAAAGCAAACCAAAGAGAGGGUAAAGCUGUUGAUCCAGCUGGCGGAUGGGUUUUGUGAAAAGGGCCACGCCCACGCCCUGGAGAUAAAGAAAUGGGUGUCCUCGGUGGACAAGCGCUACAGGGACUUUUCUCUCCGCAUGGACAAAUACCGAACCAGCCUGGAAACGGCGCUUGGCAUCUCCUCUGAUUCCAACAAGGCUAGUAAAGAGCUGCAACUGGACAUCAUCCCCGCCAUUGCUCCGGGGUCAGAGGUCAAGCUGAGGGAUGCAGCCCACGAACUCAACGAGGAGAAGAGGAAAUCAGCACGGAGGAAAGAAUUUAUAAUGGCUGAGCUGAUUCAAACAGAGAAGGCGUACGUCAGAGACCUGCGCGAGUGUAUGGAUACCUACCUGUGGGAAAUGACCAGCGGUGUGGAGGAGAUUCCUCCUGGUAUCGUCAACAAGGAGCUCAUCAUCUUUGGAAACAUGCAGGACAUCUACGAAUUCCAUCACAAUAUCUUCUUGAAGGAGCUGGAGAAAUACGAGCAGCUUCCAGAGGAUGUCGGCCAUUGUUUUGUGACCUGGGCUGAUAAGUUCCAGAUGUAUGUGAACUACUGUAAGAACAAGCCGGACUCCACUCAGCUCAUCCUGGAACAUGCUGGAAAUUACUUUGAUGAAAUCCAACAAAGACAUCGUCUUGCUAACUCCAUCUCUUCUUACCUGAUCAAGCCCGUCCAGCGAAUCACAAAAUACCAGCUGCUCCUCAAGGAGUUGUUGACGUGCUGUGAGGAGGGGAAAGGUGAGAUUAAGGACGGUCUUGAAGUGAUGCUCAGUGUCCCAAAGAGAGCCAACGAUGCCAUGCACCUCUCUAUGCUGGAAGGGUUUGACGGCAACAUUGACUCCCAGGGAGAGUUGAUACUCCAGGAUUCCUUCCAGGUUUGGGAUCCCAAGACUUUGAUCCGGAAGGGCCGUGACAGACACCUCUUCCUCUUCGAGAUGUCUCUGGUCUUCAGCAAGGAAGUGAAAGACUCAAACGGACACAGCAAAUACCUCUACAAGAGCAAACUGUUUACAUCGGAGCUCGGAGUGACAGAACAUGUGGAGGGAGAUCCUUGUAAGUUUGCUCUCUGGGUGGGCAGGACACCGACCUCAGACAACAAGAUUGUGCUCAAGGCAUCGAGUUUAGAGAACAAGCAAGACUGGAUCAAGCACAUCAGGGAAGUCAUCCAGGAGCGAACAGUCCACCUGCGAGGAGCUCUGAAGGAGCCCAUCCACAUCCCGAAAGCCACCACAACCAAACAUAAAGGCAGGCGGGAUGGAGAGGAGCUGGACAGUCAGGGAGAUGCCAGCAGCCAACCAGAUACAAUUUCCAUCGCCUCACGCACAUCCCAGAACACACUGGACAGUGAUAAGCUCUCUGGCGGCUGCGAGCUGACGGUGGUGAUGCAUGACUUUGUGGCCGGAAACGGGGGCAGCAACGGGGAGAUGACGGUGCGCCGGGGCCAGACGGUGGAGGUCCUGGAGCGGCUCCACGACAAGCCAGACUGGUGUUUGGUCCGGACCACCGACCGCUCCCCGGCCCAGGAGGGGAUCGUGCCCUGCUCCAUCCUGUGCAUUGCUCACUCCCGGUCCUCCAUGGAAAUGGAGGGGCUCUUCAACCACAAAGACACCUUAUCUGUAUCCAGUAAUGACGCCCUGCAGCCUGGCUCCAGCCAAACCCUAGGACCCCACAGCUCGCCGGGCCCAAAACGUCCCGGCAACACUUUGAGGAAGUGGCUGACGAGCCCUGUGCGCCGGCUCAGCUCCGGUAAAGCCGACGGUCACAUGAAGAAGCUCGCCAACAAGCACAAGAAGAACCGCGACGGCACGAGGAAGAACAUGGACGCCCUGCCCGGCUCGCAGAAAGACUCCGACGACAGCGCCGCCACGCCGCAAGAUGAGACCCUGGAGGAGCGUAUGCGCAACGAAGGGCUGAGCAGCGGCACCCUGUCCAAGUCUUCCUCAUCAGGAAUGCAGAGCUGCGGCGAGGAGGAAGGGGAGGAGGGGGCCGAUGCUGUUCCUCUACCUCCCCCUAUGGCCAUUCAGCAGCACAGCCUCCUGCAGCCCGACUCCCAGGAUGACAAGUCGGCGUCUCGGCUGUCUGCUCGCCCCAGCAGUUCAGAGACGCCGAGUGCUGCUGAGCUGGUCAGCGCCAUCGAGGAGCUGGUGAAGAGCAAGAUGUCACUCGAGGACCGUCCCAGUUCUCUAUCGGUGGAGCAGGGUGACAGCAGCUCCCCCUCCCUCAACCCGUCCGACAACUCGCUCCUCUCCUCUUCCUCGCCCAUCGAUGAGGUGGAUGAGCGCAAAUCUGGCUUCCUCAAGAGAAGACAUUAUGUUCUGCUGGAGCUGGUGGAGACCGAAAGAGACUAUGUCAGAGACUUGGGAUCAGUGGUGGAGGGCUACAUGAGCCGGAUGAAAGAUGAAGGAGUUCCAGAUGACAUGAGAGGGAAAGAUAAAAUGGUCUUUGGAAACAUCCAUCAGAUUUACGACUGGCACAAAGAUUUCUUCCUGGGAGAACUUGAAAAGUGUUUGGAGGAUCCUGACAGACUCGCUCCUUUAUUUAUCAAACAGGAGCGCAGGCUGCACAUGUACAUCGUGUACUGCCAGAACAAACCUAAAUCUGAGCACAUUGUGUCAGAAUAUAUUGACACUUACUUUGAAGACCUAAAGCAGCGAUUAGGCCACAGAUUACAGAUCACGGAUCUGCUUAUCAAACCAGUUCAACGCAUCAUGAAGUACCAGCUACUACUGAAGGAUCUUCUGAAGGUUUCUAAAAAAGCAGGAGCGGACACGACAGAUCUAGAGAAAGCUGUGGAAGUGAUGUGUGUGGUCCCAAAGCGCUGCAAUGACAUGAUGAAUGUUGGGCGACUCCAGGGUUUUGAGGGUAAGAUUGUGGCUCAGGGCAGACUGCUCCUCCAGGACACCUUCAUGGUGUCAGACCAAGACGGGGGCCUCCUGUCCAGGAUGAAGGAGAGGAGAGUGUUUCUGUUCGAGCAGAUAGUGAUUUUCAGCGAGCCUCUGGACAAAAAGAAGGGCUUCUCUUCUCCCGGCUACCUCUUCAAGAACAGCAUCAAGGUGAGUUGUUUGGGUCUGGAGGAAAACGCAGAAGAUCCCUGCAAGUUUACACUGAUCUCCAGAUCCUCCAGCGGGAACCUGGAGAGGUUCACCUUCCAUUCAACGAGUCCCGCAGUCAGUCAGGCCUGGAUCCACCAAGUCAGCCAGAUCCUGGAAAACCAGCGCAAUUUCCUCAACGCUUUAACGUCCCCCAUAGAGUACCAGAGGAACCAUGUGGGCGGGGGAGGCCAGGGCGGACCCCCCAGUGGUAGCAGCAGUACAGGAGGGCUCCCUGGAGGUAGCAGCACCAACAACACCUCCAGCGUGGGAGGAGGGGGAGGUGGCGGCGGAGGAUCGGGGGGCAACUCCUCCUCCUCCUCCCUCUGCGGCCCUCGCUCACGGCCGUCCCGCAUCCCUCAGCCUUCCUCACGUCUUCCCCAGCCUGUCCACCACCACCACCACCCGGGCCCCGAGGGGCCCGACAGGUCAGCAGCAGAGUGAAAGCAGUAGCAGCAGCAGCGUGUCCACCAUGCUGGUGACGCAGGACUAUGUGGCAGUGAAGGAGGAUGAGAUCAGUGU